CAUGCGCGUUAAAAUGUCUCUUCGUAGUAAACGAUUCUGGAUUGUAAAAACACGUGUUGUAUGAUGACAUAUUCCAAAUAAAGAAUUCUUUGAACAUUUUAAAAAUUUUAAAAAAGAAUUGUGUUUAAAAUUAAUUAUCACUAUGACUGUAAUAAACAGAGUAGUAAAACCGACUACCCAGAGAGGUAAACGAGCUCUUUUAAAAAAGGAAUCAAAAUUAAUAGAAGAUACUAAACAAACAUUGUGUUUUAAAGGUAAAAAUACAUCUCAGAUAGUAAUAGAUUUUAUGAAAGAUUUGUAUGAUUUAAAAAAACCAGAUGCACAUAUGAUGCAACAAAAAAAUGAUAUAUUACCAUUUGAAGAUGUUACGCAUAUUGAAAAGCUUUCUGCAAAAUAUAAUGCUUCUCUUUUUAUGAUUGCCUUACAUAACAAAAAACGCCCUCAUAAUUUAGUAAUGGGAAGACUAUAUGAACAUACAUUACUAGACAUGGUAGAAUUUGGUAUAGAAAAUUAUAAAGGUCUGAAAAGUUUCAAAGUCCAAAAAAUUUCAAAAGGCAUAAAACCUUUAUUGGUUUUCAAUGGAGAACUUUUUGAAAAUAACCAUGAAUUUAAUAGAAUUCAAAAUUUGUUAGUAGAUAUGUUUCAAAGAGACCAAGCUGAAAAGAUUAGAUUACAGGGCCUUGAGCAUGUGUUAAGUUUCACAGCUGUUGAGAACAAAAUUCUUUUACGUAGUUAUAGGAUACUUUUAAAAAAAUCCGAUUGUAAAAUACCAAGAAUUGAAUUAGAUGAAAUAGGUCCAAGAGCAGACUUAAUUUGUAGACGUACAAAACUUGCUUCUGAUGAUCUGUUUAAACAAGCUUGCAAAAAGCCAAAGCAGCUUAAGGUUAAGAAGAAAAAGAAUAUAUCUAUGGACAAUCUUGGAACAACUUUUGGUCGUAUUCAUAUUGGAGCACAGAAUAUUAAUAAUAUACAGACAAGAAAGAUGAAAGGUUUAAAAAAGACAAUUGCAGAAAAAAAGGCUGGAAUAAAAAGGAAGAAUAUUGAAAACAAUAAUAACACCAAAAGAUCAAAAGCUGGAAGUGAUACAACUGACUAAUAUUAGU